CAGCAGCCGGACCCAGUAGAACAGAGGAGUAUGAGUGCCAGCUGGUCAUUAUGGCUGAGCCCAAAAACAAACAGCGGCUCAGUCAGUCCGUGAAUAGCGGCACUCAGACGUCUUCCAGCAUGUCGAAGGUCAGACCGGCCACUCUGCCGCACAAAGUGCAGGCGAAUUUUGUGACGGGAUCCAUAGUUCGCCUCACCAUGAAAAACUUCCUGACCUAUGACUAUUCUGUGGUGUAUCCUGGACCAAACCUCAACAUGAUUGUUGGAGCCAAUGGAACAGGAAAAUCCAGCAUUGUGUGUGCCAUCUGUCUGGGCUUAGCUGGAAAGACCAGUGUCCUGGGCAGAGGGGACAAGGUUGGGCUCUAUGUCAAGCGUGGAUGUCCAAAAGGAUCUGUAGAAAUUGAACUAUGCAAGGAAAAUGGCAAUAUAGUGAUCAAAAGAGAGAUUCAAGUGGACAAUAACCAGUCUGUGUGGAUGUUGAAUGGAAAACAAUGCAAUCAGAAGACCGUGGAAGAGGAGGUCAAAGCACUGCACAUCCAAGUGAGCAACUUGUGCCAGUUUCUGCCUCAGGAGAAAGUUGGUGAGUUUGCUAAAAUGUCUAAAAUUGAGUUGCUGGAGGCCACAGAGAAGUCAGUUGGACCACCAGAGAUGUAUGCGUACCACUGUGAACUAAAGAACUUUCGCAAUAAAGAACGAGAGCUGGAGAAUGUCUUGAAGGAGAAGGCUAACUUCUUGGAGAAGGCCAAACAGAGGCAUGAGAGGAACAAGCUCGAUGUGAACCGAUACUAUGAAAAGAAGAGGCACCUGGAUGUGAUUGAGUUGCUUGAAAAGAAGAAACCAUGGGUGGAGUAUGAGACCACUCGCCAGGAGUUAGAAGGUGUGAAAAGGGAGCGAGAUGAUGCCAAGAAACAGCUCUUGGCUUUGAAGCAGGCCCAGGCGCCCAUGCUGCAAAGGAUCCAGGAGAUUGACAAUUUGCUGAAGCCUACUGAGGCGCAAAUCAAAAACAAGACUGCCAGCAUCAGAGAAGCCUCUCUGAAGUGCAAGCAGAAACAAGAUCAGCUGGAUCAAAAGCACAAAGAGAUAGAAGAUAUUAAACAAGCCUUGAAACUGAAGCAGAUGGAGUUUGAAGAUCACCAGAAGCGAAUAACUAAUACCAAACUGAUCAUUGAGGGCUUGAAGGCAGAGCUUGCCAGAGUUGGUGAUCACCCAGAUGUUACUCCACGGAUUAACGAAGUAAAUACUGAGCUGAGACAUAACCAGGAGCAGAAGGCAAAGAUUGAAGGAGAGAAGACUGAUCUACGCAGAGAGAAGGACAACAUCUCUGCUGAAUCAAAAAUGCUCGAAAAAAAACUUAAUGACAUGAACAACAUGAUGAAAUCCAAAGAGGAGAAGCUGCGAUUGCGACACAGGGACACGCAUACUGCCAUCCAGUGGCUCAGGCACAACAGACAACUCUUCAGAGGAAAUGUUUAUGAGCCAAUUAUGUUGGUGAUAAAUGUAAAGAAUCCUGAGUUUGCCAAAUAUGUGGAGAACCACAUCCCUUUCCAUGACCUGAGGGCAUUCGUGUUUGAGAGGAAAGAUGACAGGGAAAAGUUCAUGGUUGAGGUACGUGACAAGAUGAAUUUGAAAGUGAACUCUAUCUCUGCUCCUGAUGAGUCAUGUUCUCAACGGCCUGCAUCCAGAAAUAUUGAGUCCCUGAGGCGCUUUGGAUUCUUUUCCUACCUACGUGAAAUGUUUGAUGCGCCGGAUGAGGUGAUGAGUUACCUCUGUCAUCAGUACAGGGUGAACGAUGUCCCUGUGGGCACUGCAAAGACUAAAAGCUUGAUUAAAAUGGUUAUUUUGGAACCCUACAUCAAAGUGUUGUACACAUCAGAGGAGAGGUACACAGUAAAGAAGUCCUUCUACUCUAACAAGAUUAGCACAGCAAAUUCUGCAGUGCCCGAUUCCCAGUACCUGUACAUCACUGUAGAUGUUGAACAGAAGCUCCAGCUGGAGCAACAGUUGAAGGCCUGUGAAGUGAAGUUACAACACAUUGAUGAACAGAUGAAGGCCCUACAGCAGCAAUCUGUUGCGCUGGAUCGCCGUGAAAAUGAGUUGCUGGUUGAAAAGAAGCGUCUUCAAGAACUUAAGGGCAAAAAGAGACAGUUGGAGCAAAAAGUUAGUACCAAGCAGGACAGCUUGAGACAGAUGGAGCAAAAUGUUAUUAAUUUGGAUGAGAUCGAAGAAGACGCUAAAAGGAAAAUUACAGCUGUCAAUUCCCAAAAGUUGGCAAUCAUCAAAGCGUUCAUGACUGAAAUGAAGCUGAGAGCCAAAUUGACUAUGGAGAAGGUCUACCUGGCUUUAGACAAUGUGGGGAAGAUGGCUGAAAAAACCAAGCUGGAGAGUGACUGUCGAGAUGGUGCUUCUGAACUCAAGGCCAUGGAUCAACAGUGCCGGCGGUUGGAGCAGAAGAAGGACCAGCUGACAGAACAGUGCAAAGGCCUAUUGAGAAGAGCAAAGGAGAUCUGUAGGAUGCACGCUGAAGAUCCUGUAGCUGCAGACCUGCGCACUGCUUUCACCAAGCUGCCUGACACGCUGGAUGAGAUUGACGCCAGGCUGAAUGAGGAGCGGGCCAGAGCUGAACACUUCACUGGCCUCAGUGAAAAUGUUGUAGAUGAGUACAACCGGAGAGAGCAAGAAAUCAGACAACUGGAGCAAGAGCUGGAAGAAAAGAGCAGUGCCCUCAAUGCUUACAGACAAAACAUAUCAGAGGCCAAGGAGCGCUGGCUGAUUCCGCUAAAACAGCUGGUGGAACAGAUCAAUGAAAAGUUCAGCAAUUUCUUCCGCUCCAUGCAGUGUGCAGGAGAGGUCGAUCUGCACUCAGAGAGUGAGGAGGAGUAUGACAAGUAUGGAAUCCGCAUCAGGGUGAAGUUCCACAGCAGCACUCAUCUCCACGAGCUGACAGCACAUCACCAAAGUGGAGGAGAACGCAGUGUCUCCACAAUGCUCUACCUCAUGGCUCUGCAGGAGCUCAAUCGAUGCCCCUUCAGAGUGGUGGAUGAGAUCAAUCAGGGAAUGGAUCCUGUAAAUGAGAGGAGGGUCUUUGACAUUGUUGUCAGCACGGCUUGCAAAGAGACAACGUCUCAGUAUUUCUUCAUAACCCCCAAACUCCUGCACAAUCUAAAUUACGCUCAGGAGAUGACUGUCCUUUGCGUUCAUAAUGGUCCCUACAUGCUUCCCCCCAACCUAUGGGACAAGAGGGCUUUCAUCAAAUGCAGAAUCCAGAGAAAAUCUCAAGCAUGAACCUACCACCUCAUACAGACAUUCCUCCGUUCACUUGGUUACAUAAAAAUUAAACUGGUUUAGUUCUGUUUUUUCUAUUUGUUGAUAAGAUAGAAAUAUAUGUUUUGAAUAACAAUUUAAUUUUGCAAUACAUUUGAAUGUAAGGAUUUCAUCAUUUAACGUUCUGCCAUUAUGGCAUUUUAGAAAUAGCUUCAAAUGGGGUAAACUAUUGUAAACGAUUUUUCCUGAGAAGAAUAAAAUGUCCAAGCAGUUAUCUUAUUGGGAAUGUUUCUGUCAUAAAGCAUGUCUUGAACUGUUUUGGUAAUACAUGCAUGCACAAGUGUUUCA